UCCCUCGUCCACAUCAUUGCAGCUCGUAACACUCCACCCUUCGUCUCGGGUCUACUCCUCUAGCCAGCUCCUUCGCCGGCGAGGAGAGGCGACAGGCGAGGCCCAGCUCACCUCAUCUAGUCAUCUUCCCCGUCUAUAUAAGCGCGCGCGCGCCCGCCUCUCUCCUCACUUAAGGCACGCCGAGUGUUAGCUACAGAGAGAGAGAGAGAGAGAGGGAGAGUGAGGGCAGCGGCAAGUGCAAGCAUCAAUUAAGGUCAGGCAGGGCAGAGCGAGGAAGCCGUAAGCAAGAAGAGAUAGUUAAGGGUCCAAGAGAGGGAGACAAGCAGCUCCUUUAGUAGAUGGCAAUGAGGUCGAGGGGGCUGCGGCUGCGGUCGCGGCGGCAGAGCGUGCUUGUCGCCGCGGCCGUCGUCCUCGGCGUGUUGCUGCUGGCGACGGCGGCGCCGCGCGCGGCGGCGGCGGGGCUGAGCCGGAACUACUACGCGAAGACGUGCCCCAACGUGGAGACCCUGGUCCGCGGCGCCGUGGCCCAGAAGCUGCAGGAGACCUUCAACGCCGCGCCCGGCACCCUCCGCCUCUUCUUCCACGACUGCUUCGUCAGGGGGUGCGACGCUUCGGUGCUCAUCUCCGGGCCGGGCGACGAGCACAGCGCGGGCGCGGACACGACGUUGUCGCCGGACGCGCUGGACCUCAUCACCCGCGCCAAGGCCGCCGUGGACGCCGUCGCCGGCUGCUCCAACAAGGUCUCCUGCGCCGACAUCCUCGCGCUCGCCACCCGCGACGUCGUCCAGCAGGCGGGAGGGCCGUUCUACCCGGUGGAGCUGGGGCGGCUGGACGGCAAGGUGGGGACGCGCGCCGUGGUGAAGCACAGCCUCCCCGGCGCCGGCUUCUCCCUGGACCAGCUCAACAAGCUCUUCGCCGCCAACGGCCUCACCCAGACCGACAUGAUCGCCCUCUCAGGGGGGCACACGAUCGGGGUGACGCACUGCGACAAGUUCGUGCGGCGGCUGUACACGUUCAAGGGGGCGCGGCCGCAGUACAGCCCGCCGAUGAACCUGGCCUUCCUGCGGCAGAUGCGGGGGACGUGCCCGCUCAACUACAGCCCCACCACGGUGGCCAUGCUGGACGCCGUCACGCCCAACAAGUUCGACAACGGCUACUACCAGACGCUGCAGCAGCAGAAGGGCCUGCUGUCGUCGGACCAGGUGCUCUUCGCCGACCGCCGCUCCCGGGCCACCGUCAACCACUUCGCCGCCAACCAGACCGCCUUCUUCGACGCCUUCGUCGCCGCCAUGGCCAAGCUCGGCCGCAUCGGGGUCAAGACCGCCGGCUCCGACGCCGAGAUCCGCCGGGUCUGCACCAAGGUCAACUAAUGUUGCUUAGCUCUAGCUGCCGUGGUAGCAUCACACGUACAUUCAGUAGAGAGGGUAAAUGGAUGGAUGGGCCAAUCAAUCAAUUCUGUCAUGUGUCUCUCCUCUUCUCCCUGCCCAUGCUCGCCCCAUAUGCUCACACAAGUCAUAUUGUCAUAGCCGAUUUGUUCAAGCCCGAUUCUUUUCUUCACCAUGUAAUAAAGCAUAUAAAUGCCGUGGGAUAGGAGGCACAGUUACAUCCAUGUAAAUGUUACGAUUGGUCCAGUUAAUCAACAAGUAUACUAUCCCAUAUGAAUGAAUGGAGUUAUUUUUUGAAA